AUGGCAGCAUCAACUUCUUGUGCCAGUAAGAGCCCAUUACCCAUGAAAGAUACAACCUCUAACUUCAUUCCAUACCCAGCACCUCUUGCUAAAUAUGAGGAGGUUGCAGCCAAUCCUAAGCUGUUCAUAUCUACUUUGGAAAAGCUCCAUGCUUCAAUGGGAACCAAGUUCAUGAUCCCCAUAAUAGGAGGAAGAGAGUUAGACUUGCAUCGACUGUUUGUGGAGGUAACUGCUCGUGGUGGUAUGGCAAAGAUUGUUAAAGAUAGAAGAUGGAAGGAAGUUACCGCUGUAUUCAACUUCCCCUCCACAGCUACAAAUGCUUCUUUUGUCCUGCGGAAAUAUUAUAAUUCAUUGCUUCUCCACUAUGAACAAAUAUACUAUUUCAAAGCUCAAGCAUGGAAUCCUCUCUCUUCUGAUAUAUCACAAAACCCUAAUAUGACACCUGGUCCAGCUCCAAGGGGAGGAACCAAACGAAAAUCAACUGAAGCUCAGACACCUGUGCUUCAGCAACCACAUAUAAUUCCAGAGAUUCCUGGAGCCGGGACACCAGCACUGCCAGAUGAUGAUACUGUGUUUGGGUUCAUAGAUGGAAAAUUUGAAAGUGGAUAUCUUGUUACAGUCACCAAAGGCACAAAGAAGUUACGAGGUGUACUGUAUCAAAUUCCACAGAACCCAGCACAGGAGGCUCCACAAGGUGCACAUAAUUGUAACAUGGUGGUCAGCAAAAACGACAGUGCUUCAGCUGUCGCUGUUCCCCAUCGUCGCCGCCGUAGGAAGAAAUCCGAAAUAAAAAGGAGGGAUCCUGAUCACCCAAAACCAAACAGAAGUGGGUAUAACUUUUUCUUUGCUGAACAGCAUGCAAGGCUGAAGCCACUUCAUCCAGGGAAGGAUAGAGAGAUAAGUAGAAUGAUUGGUGAACUCUGGAACAAAUUGAAAGACUCUGAUAAAGGAGAGUAUCAGGAGAAAGCUGUGAAAGAUAAGGAAAGGUACCGAGUAGAAAUGGAGGCAUACCGGGAGAGGUUGAAGGCUGCUCAAGUCGUCAGCGAUGCAGUCCCACUACAGCAGCGGUAUCCUGAAGCAGAUGCAAGUCUGGCAGAAUCAGAAACAAAGUUUGAAGAAACUGAGACUGGCGACUCUCCAGAAACUGCAGAUGAAAGUAGUGAGAGUAGUUCUAGCAUAUCAGAGAAGUGA